AUGAGCAGCGGAUGUAUCGACGGGGUUCGAACAGUUAUGGGUGGAAAACUCGAUCUUGGGAUCAAGAGGGCAGCAAGUGCACGUUGCCGACCUUGCUCGGGACAGUUCCGGAUACGGAAGUGGUCCGGGAAGGAGCGCACGGACAGACAGACAGACAGGCAGACAUCCGUUUCCAGCAGGAACCGCCAGCCCUGUGGUCGUUGCACGGUGACGCGCGCCGCGUUCCCUCCGUGUCGAGAACAUUCGCUCGUCUGUCACGCCAGCAGCCAGCCAGCCAGUCAGCCGGGGCCGCUGGGCCCGGGCCCGGGCGUGGUGCUCUACCUGUGCCCCGAGGCGCAGUGCGGCCAGACCUUCGCCAAGAAGCACCAGCUGAAGGUGCACCUGCUGACGCACAGCAGCAGCCAGGGCCAGCGGCCCUUCAAGUGCCCCCUGGGCGGCUGCGGCUGGACCUUCACCACGUCGUACAAGCUCAAGAGGCACCUGCAGUCGCACGACAAGCUGCGGCCGUUCGGCUGCCCGGCCGAGGGCUGCGGCAAGAGCUUCACCACCGUGUACAACCUCAAGGCGCACAUGAAGGGCCACGAGCAGGAGAACUCGUUCAAGUGCGAGGUGUGCGAGGAGAGCUUCGCCACGCAGGCCAAGCUCAGCGCCCACCAGCGCAGCCACUUCGAGCCCGAGCGGCCCUACCAGUGCGCCUUCUCCGGCUGCAAGAAGACGUUCAUCACCGUCAGCGCCCUCUUCUCCCACAACCGCGCGCACUUCCGCGAGCAGGAGCUCUUCUCCUGCUCCUUCCCCGGCUGCAGCAAGCAGUACGACAAGGCUUGCCGCCUCAAGAUCCACCUGCGCAGCCACACGGGCGAGCGGCCCUUCCUGUGCGACUUCGACGGCUGCGGCUGGAACUUCACCAGCAUGUCCAAACUCCUGAGGCACAAGAGGAAGCACGACGACGACCGGCGGUUCACGUGCCCCGUGGAGGGCUGCGGCAAGUCGUUCACGAGGGCCGAGCACCUCAAGGGCCACAGCAUCACGCACCUGGGCACCAAGCCCUUCGUGUGCCCCGUGGAAGGCUGCCGCGCCCGCUUCUCGGCGCGCAGCAGCCUCUACAUCCACUCCAAGAAGCACCUGCAGGACGUGGACACGUGGAAGAGCCGCUGCCCGGUGCCCGCGUGCAACAAGCUCUUCACGUCCAAGCACAGCAUGAAGACCCACAUGGCCAAGAGGCACCACCUGGGCCAGGACCUGCUGGCGCAGCUGGAAGCCGCCAACUCCCUCACACCCAGCAGCGAGCUGACCAGCCAGGGCCAGGGCGACCUGAGCGACGCCGAGCUGGUGUCGCUCUUCUCCGACGCGCCGGGCGCCGGCUCGGCGGCGGUGCUGGACACGGCCUUGGUGAACUCCUCAGACUCCGCUGUGACUGUGGAUCCUGCUGUUCCACGACACUGCGAUAAGGUGGCAGAGAGGCCCUCCUCCGUCUGGUCUGGAGAGUUCAUUGUGUGCACUUGCCCAGAGUUGGAAGGAAAGAUUGAAUCUGAAUAUUGUGUAAACUGUCGCCUUAAACGAGUGUAG